AUGAUCAGCAUCGGCCAGACACUCAAAGGCCGUCUCUCAAUAUACUCUGUGGUGAAGGAGCUGCACUGGGCAGCCGACAAUGGCGGUGUUUAUCUGAGCCUGGGCCAUUGGCGCUUAGAGAAUGAGGUUGCCGUUCUCAAGCGCUACCAGUCUGAAAGCCCCCUUUUCCGUCCUCUAAUUGACGAGAUUGUGGAGCCGAAUGAUCCACCUUCCAUACUACUGGCAUACCGAGACAGCGACCUGUUGGAAGAAUCGAACCGAAAGAGACUGUCGCGUCUUGAGAUCAAACAGGUAGCCAGAAAGGUGUUGAGUGCACUUCGUAUUCUUCACAGAGAUGGCAUGGUUCACACUGGACUGCAGGUUCUCAGCCUCUUGUACGGUGGUGGAUUUCACUUUUUCAACCCGGCCAAUGAGGGCAUCAAAACGGACAACGAUGAGUAUGAGCUGACUGUCCUUCAUCGCAUGUAUCGAUACUUUGGUCCUUUCCCUCAGUCAUACCAGGAUAUUGCAGACGACAAUGCUGCGGCUGUCAUCAACUACAUCAACAGCUCAGGGCCACCUGCAAAACCGUAUCACCUAGUCACGCGUCGAGAGAUUCUCCCUGCAGACAAAGACUUUGUACUCAAGAUUAUGAAACUGGACCCUCGUGACCGACCGACAGCUGAGCAGUUGUUGAGCGAUCCCUGGUUCACAGAGGAGUCAGAAGAUACUCGUGGCCCUCUUUGA